AUGUCGGGCCUACUUAACACCAUCUACACUGCCUUCGUCCGGAGAAAUGCCGUCUUCCUCACCACCAUCUUCGUAGGCGCCUUUGCCACCGAAAUGGUGUUUGACUCUGGUUCAAAUUUGAUCUGGGAUUCGAUUAAUCGCGGCCGACAAUGGAAAGACAUCAAGCACAAGUACAUGUCGAACGGAGGCGGCGGGGACGAUGAGGGAGACGAUGAUGAUGAUGAAUGA